UUACGAGGUGAGACAGAAGCAGGGAGCAGUGCCAAGAGUGGUACCUGCGGUGCCGCUGCUCUAGGGAGGCAGACAGGGUCUGAAGGAGGGAGAAGGCAUGGAGCCUGUCCUGCCCAUCUGAUACUAUUUACUUAUGCUGCCCUUACUGCCUGAAUGGUGCACACUGGGGAUUUUUAUGGUUAUCAAUGGGAAAAAUGUCAAAGUGGCUGGAAAAAUAAUGCAUCCUGAAAGCUCCUAACUCUUCAACAGAGUGAUGCUGUGUCUGGGGUUUAUCUGGGUCUGAGGAACCUGCAGAACUGGUAUCUUCAUAUAAACUCCAGGUCCAUCUGUCACACAAGGAGCAGUGAAGAUAGCUGCAGCCCUAGACGUGGGCUCUCCUGCCACUGAACAUAUGAAGAUGUUGUGUUGCUUGCUGUCACUGUUGACUCUGGCAUGCCCUUCUGCUGCUGAUUAUUUGGAUGAGCCUAACCUGGGUAGUAGUUUGUUGCCUCACUAUGAACAUGACCAUGCUGAUGCUGUUGGCUCUUCACAAGACACGAGGCUACAGAUUUUCACAGUGGACUACAACAAUGUGCAGAUUCCAUAUGAAGUCACUCUUUGGAUACUCCUUGCUUCUCUUGCAAAAAUAGGUUUCCAUCUCUAUCACCGAUUACCAAGACUCAUGCCUGAAAGCUGCAUCCUGAUUGCCACUGGAGCACUAGUUGGAGCGAUCAUCUUUGGUACUGACCACAAAUCCCCACCGGUGAUGAACACAAGUAUUUACUUCUUGUAUCUCCUUCCACCCAUUGUGCUGGAAGAGGGUUAUUUCAUGCCAACUCGUCCAUUCUUUGAAAACCUUGGGUCCAUCUUGUGGUGGUCUGUGCUAGGAUCUCUGCUGAACUCAUUUGGGAUUGGCCUCUCCCUCUAUGGCAUCUGCCAGAUUGAAGCCUUUGGUCUGACUGACCUGAACUUGCUGCAGAACCUGCUCUUUGGCAGCAUGAUCUCAGCCGUGGAUCCUGUGGCAGCUCUGGCAGUUUUUGAAGAAGCCUCUGUUAAUGAGCAGCUUCACAUGAUGAUUUUUGGAGAAUCAUUGCUAAAUGAUGGCAUAACUGUGGUGUUAUACAACAUCUUCAUCGCCUUCACCCAAAUGCACAGGUACGAAGAGAUUGAAUCCAUUGAUAUCCUCGCUGGCUUUGCUCGCUUCUUCGUUGUGGGACUGGGUGGCAUGCUUUUCGGCAUUGUCUUCGGAUUUGUUUCAGCCCUCAUGACUCGAUUCACCCACAACGUCUCUGCUAUCGAACCCCUGCUGGUCUUCAUGUUCAGCUACCUGUCAUACUUGUGUGCUGAAAUCCUUUACAUCUCGGGCAUCAUGGCGAUGACAGCAUGUGCAGUGACUAUGAAAAAAUACGUGGAAGAGAAUGUUUGCCAGAAUUCCUACACGACAAUAAAAUACUUCAUGAAGAUGUUGAGCAGUGUCAGCGAGACCUUGAUCUUUGUUUUCAUGGGAGUAUCUACAGUGGGGAAAAAUCAUGAGUGGAACUGGGCCUUCAUUUGCUUCACUCUGCUUUUCUGCCUCAUUUGGCGAACACUGAGUGUAUUUGCCCUCUUCUACAUUAGUAACAAGUUCCGAACAUACCCAUUGACCUUCAAAGACCAACUCAUUAUUUCCUACAGUGGUCUUCGAGGAGCCAGCAGCUUUUCUCUUGCGUUCUUGCUUCCAGGGAAACUCUUCCCCAGAAAAAAAUUGUUCAUUACUGCUACACUUGUAGUUAUAUAUUUUACCGUGUUUAUCCAGGGAAUCACAAUUGGGCCAUUGGUCAGAUAUCUGGAUGUUAAAAAGACCAACAAAAAGGAGUCCAUCAAUGAAGAAAUUCACAUGCGACUGAUGGAUCACUUGAAGGCUGGUAUUGAAGACAUAUGUGGACAUUGGAGUCAUUACCAGCUGAGAGAUAAAUUUAAGAAGUUUGAUAAUAAGUAUCUGAAGAAAAUCUUAAUUCGGGAACACCAACCCAAAUCCAGCAUUGUGUCAUUGUACAAAAAGAUGGAGAUAAAACUGGCUAUCGAGAUGGCUGAGAAUGCCAUGAAAAUUUCAGAAUCAUCCACAGCUUCUUUACAGCGCUGUAGAAACCGGCGUGAUCACAGGCUGUCCCCUGCAGAGGUGGAGUCCAUGAGGGAUGUCCUGGCCCAUAACCUGUACCAAGUGCGACAAAGGGCACCAUCAUACAACCGCCACAACCUGCCUUCCAAUACCAGUGAGAAACAGGCCCAGGAAAUCCUCAUCCGUCGGCAGCACAGCCUGAGGCAGAGUUGCAGGAAGGGGAACAGCUUACCUUGGGGUAGACCGGUUAAUGCCACAAGCAUGCGCUACCUCUCCUUGCCGCAGGACCACAGUGGCCAGCCCACUAGGCGGAAAGCCAGGCAUGUUACUUUCACAGAUCACCCCAGAAGUAGCUCUGAGGCUGGGAUCCCAGUGAAGUUCAAACCCCAGCCUCAACUACGGCCACUCAUAGCAAAGCACUACCAGAAGGAGCUGGUUCCAAUGGCACACUUGGAUAGACGUGACCGUUCAUCCCAUUUGUCAGGUCGAAGAGGAAGUGCGAUCAAUCGUCAUCAUUUCACCAGAGCAGACAAUCGAGCUGCAAUAACAAAGCCUCGAGGCACUGUGAGAAAACUACGGGGGUAUGAGUCAGAAGAAGAGACAGAAAUGAUGGCACCAGCUAGGCCAUUAGAUAUAUGAGGAGCAGAGAAGAGCGAUGUUUGCAUCUCUAGGGCCCUCUGUGCACUGUUCCAGAGAAAAUAACGAAGCUCUUAUAUGAACCAAACCACAGUUUUCCUUUUGGGACCAGUGCAGUCAUUCUCGUAUCACUUUUAAGUACUGUAUCAAGGUACUUAGUGGUUCGAGGAAGACUCAAAUUCUUAUAUGUUUAUAUUAAGCUGGCUUUUUGGCAAAACAGUGCAGGAAAGAGAGGAACAUGAUCUUUGUAGGGAUUUGGGCAUGUAUUUAGAUAACAACAGUUGGGCAUAUGCAUAACUCUAGUUGGGAGCUGAUACUGCCUUCUUCUGUUCUAAACUAUGGAUUAAACCCAGGGGAAAGAAUCACAGGUGAUAAGGAUGUGGUUAAGACAUGGGUGCCCAGAUUGGUAACUUCAAAGCUCUAGGAAAGCUGAACCUCAGAGUAGCUGAGAUGUUUGAAGUAAGAAUGGGGAAAAAGACAUUUUUAGGGCACCUAAAUACCACUGAAGAUGCUUAGAUGGGUACAUAAAUGAAAAUAAUUAUUUAGUGGUCAUUUUAAGCUCUUGGGUAUCCACCAGCAUCUCAGGUUUUGGCUUUGGAAAAGUGUCUGAAGUGAGUUAUAGGAUGUUCUGGGAUUCCUGCAACUUCAUUGCGGAGGCAUCACCCACCUAAAACGUUUUUAGAUGAAGAAAGGAGGCAUCCUAGUACUAACAAAUCCAGAGAGAACUCUUCUGGAAGGGGUGCUGUUUGGAGACAUACACAAAGCUCAUAUUUUUCAAAUAUGAGACAGCAAGGAUGUGCAGAAUAGACAAUAGACCUGUGCUUAUAGCUCUAGUGUAGUUAGGUAGAGGUUUUUGCCGUGGAGAAGCUAACCUCCUUCUCUCACUCCCACCAUGCUGAGGGUGCCCAAAUCCCUAGGCUACUCUUUGCACUGAAGCUGGAUCUGCAACUUAGGUGGGAAACAAGAGUUGGACAAAAAGGAAGAGUCUAGUCUGACUUUGUAUCCUGCUGGCUAGCAGGAAAUAAAGGCUCUGUGUUGUGCUGCCAGGUUUUUAGGAUUGUAGAAGCAUAGAAUCCUCAGAGUUGAAAAGGACCUUUAAAGGUCAUCUAGUCCAACUCCCCUGCAAUGAACAGGGAUAUCCACAAGUAGAUAACACUGCCUGGAGCCUGGUCUGACCUGGACUUGAAUGUCUCCAGGGACAGGGCAUCCACCACCUUUCUGGGCAACCUGUUCCAGUGCCUUACUACCCUCACUGUAAGAGAUUUUUUCCUUAUAUCCAACCUAAAUCUUUCCUCUUUAAGUUUGAAACAAUUUCCCCUUUUCCUGUCACAAUAGACCCUGCUAAAGAGUCUGUGCCCUUCUUUCCUGUAGCUCCCCUUUAGGAAAGAAUAGAAAUCCUUUCUAACUCUCAGUAGAAAGGAUGUUUGACUGUAUGUUGCACAGAGAAGCAUUUGCUAAAUAGGCAGAAAUGAUCAGGGGCAUCUUCACUUGAGCCUCUGACCUCCCAGCUCUCCUGCUGAGCAUCCUUUUCAGCUGACUCCAUGCACUCAUGCACUAAUUUCAACAGCAGAUCUCCCUAAUGGUAAGGACAAGGGAAGCAAGAAGCUGCUGGCCUGGGAUAUAUUAGUUGAAGUCUAAACUGUCAAUCGAAAACACUGGUCACCUAGUGCCUCUGACUGAGCUUCUUUCUGCAAAAUGGGAGGGGCAUCACCAGUGUUGUAAAACUGUAGGUGAGCAGAUUUUAAAACAAAAGAAUAAUUUGAGUCCAGAAGUCCAUAAACUCACCCUUACAGCUGCACUAAAAUCUGCAGCUGAGAAAUGCACCAAGUUUGGUCACUUUCUUCAAAUUUCUCUCUUCUACUCAAAGCUUGCUUAGCUAUUCAACAUAAGAUCUGUAAAUGUACUGCAGGAAGCAGAAAGAGAUAGUGAUGACGGUGACGCCUUUCUGAUUCUGGGGGAAGAUCUUACUGUUAAGCACUUGUCCAAAAGAUCUUUGAAGAGUAAGUUAUGGCUUCAUCACAUUUCUUACAAUGGAUUUCUGAUUCAGCAAAGGUAACAUCUAAACUAACAAAUUUGGAAGAAAUUACUGGAGAAAGAAAAAAUAAAAGCUUUCUUUUUUUCUCAUAUUCGAAGGUUUUUUUUUUUUUUAUAUUUAGCAGAUCAUAAUGAAUCAUCUGUACUGAAACUAUACUCAGUUUUCUGAAUCUUAAGUUCUGUUUGCAUUUCCUCAUUGUGCCAGAUAAAUUAUCCGACUUCCUUUUAUGAAAGGGUAAGUUUUGUCUUUUGUACUGACAAUAAGCAAACAAACACGGUUCUGUAUCUGAAAAUCAACAAAUAAACCCUGCUU